GUUAUGGCUUUGCGCCGUUAUGGACGCGCGCCGGCGUGUCCCCCCUUAAAACAAACUCCAAAACUCAUCCUCCAGCUAGACUCAAGCGUCACUUUCCCCCUCUUUUGCUUUUAUAAGCGUUGUGUGAACGGAAGCCCUUAACCACCAUUUUAUUAAUUCUUUUUCAUAUGUAACUAUAUAGUCUGUCAAUAAUUAAUACACACAAGAGUUCUCUCUACUAUUAAAAUAUUAUGUUUGUGUGUGUUAAGAUGCCGAAUCACUCUGUCCUUUUGUUUCUAAGGUGUAAGGUUUUGUUUCCUUUUAUCGUUCGUCAUUUCCGUUUAUUAACUCUCCCAUUUUUCAGAUUAUUUUUAAUUUUAUAUGGUUUUGAACCUGUUUUUUUAGGUUGUUUCUAUUUAUCAACAAACUUCCUUUUUACCAAACUUUCCUUCUUCCAAACCUGCCUUUCCAAACUUCCUUUUUCCCCUUAAAUCUCCCCUUAGACCUCUACAUUGUCCCUAUUGUCUUAUACUUCUUUCCUUUAGGCUUUAUUCUAGCAGACCCUCUAUUUUGUAACCCCGAAUCUCCCCUUAGAACUCUCUAUUGUCCCUCUAUGUUUUGUUGCCCCUUCUUUUUCGUGGUCCUUAGUGGUCAAAGGUCCUUAGUUUUUCCUUAGUCACAAAGGUCCUUAGAGAUAGGGAGUUGAAAGUAAGGUGGAAAGAUCCAGGUUCGAUCGCUGAUUUUUUGAUUGGCCUAGGUCCCAUUAGAGCCUAAGAAAAAUACAAGAAGCUAAAAUUAUGUCCGAGUCUUGAACCUUGAUCAGUCCUCAGGCGGUCUGAUUUACCAAGGUGUCGGAAAUCGCAAUUUCGACCGACCUUUUUGUACUUCUUACGUCAGCAUAAUUCG